AUGGCCGCAUUCCAAUGCUCAGCGCUCAACAUCGACCACCACAAUGGCGACUUUACGAUCUGGGAGUUGGGAGCGAUCAUCCUCUACCUCAUGGACAAGUACGGCCUGAAGGAGGGCAAGCUGUCACCGGUGCAGGACGACGAGUGCGGCCGCGGCCGAGGCUACUGCCUGCACCCGGAGAAGCUCCCCUCCGCGAUCAUCCGGUAUGAGAACGAGGUCAUCCGGGAGUGGCUGCUCGGCGACAUGCACACGAUCGCGGACAUCUCGUCCAUGAUCUGGACCAUCGUUUCCGUGUCGCACGGCAUGCUCUCAGGCGUCGAGGGGCUGGACGUGCCGACAAAGCUCCCAGCGUUCUACGCGGUUCGAUGCGGCGGUGGCGUCCCGCUUUGGCCUCCUGUUGUUCCCAGACACGGGCGCGUGCGGGUGGUACACGCCGUUUUCUCUGUUCCCAGCGGCAAGCCUACACCCCAGACCCCGUUCGGUCGUAAUAGAGCCGGUGACGACGGCAAGAAGCGCAAGUCCCGCCGCACCACUGGCUCCCAGCGCGCGUCCCGCCCCCACAUCUCUCGCCACAUCGCCUCCGGUUCCGUCUCCCAAUCUUUCACCCCUCGCUCAGUGUCCAACAAGUCGGAGCACGCAGCAAAGAGCCUCAGUACCAUGCUCAACUUAGUCGUGUACAUCACUAGUCUGGUGCGCUUCUCCUUCACCAGUGAGCCUGAAUGGAGCGACAAGGACGGCUUCUGGGAUGUGCACGACUUCGUGCUCAAGUUCACACGCACGGCACAGACUCGCCGGAAGCAGCAGAAGGCGAAGACGACCACUUGGUGGAUCCAGCGCCUGUUUGGCAACGUCGCCCUCACUGUCGACAAGGAGUGCACGCCUUUCGACGACAUCCUCAACACCGGCUCAAAUGAGGAGGUCCCGGAAGGUGGCAAUGACGGCGACGGCGACGGCGCACGUCACUCCGCCUUGUAG